AGUCACUGCGCGCGCAUCACAGGAGAGACGCACACUUGAACAGUUGGGACCUUUCUCCACAACGUGAAUACAGGAUGUCACUUAGGUGAUUUUCGGAUUGAUGAGGACUGGGGUUUAUACAGUUUAUACCUAAAUUAAAUCGCGCGCAGAUGUACAGAAAAUAGGUCACUCGGAGCAGACGGAAGGUGUUGUUGUAGUUCAGGUGAAGCAACUUGAUUUCACAAGGACGGCUGGAGGGGCUGAACUGAGAGAUGGCUGAGGCAGAAUCAACAUCCUGGUUCUUCUUGGAGACGUCCUUCUCCUGCUCUCGGCUCCUCUAUGAGGCCUAGUGAGGUCUGGGAGUCUACCAGACCAAACUGACCAAUCAUCGCACCUGUCACAGGUGCAGAGGGAGUGGCUAAUAUGCCUGUGUUCCGAAGAAAAGUGAGCGUGCUCUGUGUGACGAUAACCCUCAAUGUCUUCCUAUGCCUCCUGGUUGUCCUCUCGUGGAACCCCAAGCGUGACAGAAGUGAGAAGAUCCGUAUCCCAUCAAAGAAGUUUUGGCGCCAGCAGGUUCUGAGCAAAUCCUUCUGGAACCGGGAGCAGCAGCGCCUGGACUUUUUUUACAACCCCGUCCUGAACUCUGUGCUUUCUGGAGGUGACUCUCUUGUCGAGCUGCCUGAUUGGCUAAAUGAUACAGGGCCACUCGAUCCUUGUGAGCCAGAUCCCAGAGUCCCCGCGCAAAUCUCGGACUACAACUCCCUGCCGCAGCGCUUCCAGGAUUUUCUAUUGCACAUGCGCUGCAGGACAUACCCCAUGCUGAUUAAUCAACCACAUUUGUGCGAUGAGAAACCCUUCCUGCUUCUCGUUGUGAAGUCUCUGAUCCCGCACUUUGACCGACGGCAGGCGAUCAGAGAAACAUGGGGCCGGGCGGGCGUCGUAGCCAACCAGACUGUGGCUACCAUCUUCCUGCUAGGCAACACUUUAUCUUCUGACAACUUCCCAGACCUCCUUGGGAUGCUGAACCAUGAGGCAGCUCUCCACAAAGACCUCCUCCAGUGGGACUACAGAGACACCUUCUUCAACCUCACAGUAAAGGAGGUCCUCUUCCUGGAGUGGUUCAGUCAAAACUGUCCCCAUGCCCAGUUCAUCCUCAAGGGGGACGAUGACGUAUUUGUGAACACAUUACGGAUUAUUGAGCUCCUGCAGAACAUUUCACAGAGCAGAGCUAAGGAUCUUUUCAUUGGGGAUGUAAUCAGUAACGCAGGUCCACAUAGGAACCGGAAAUUAAAGUAUUUUAUACCAGAGAGCGUGUUUGCGGGGCAAUAUCCGCCCUACGCAGGAGGAGGAGGUUAUCUAUACACCGGAGAGUUAGCGCUUCAGCUUUACAAUGUGUCUCAGCAGGUCGUAUUAUAUCCCAUAGAUGAUGUCUACACUGGGAUGUGUCUGAAGAAGCUUGGUUUGGUUCCUGAGAAGCACUCAGGCUUCAGGACGUUUGGCAUUGAGAAGAAGUACAGAGACAACCCGUGCGCGUACCGGAGCCUGAUGCUGGUUCACAGCCUGACGCCUCAGGAGAUGCUGAGGAUAUGGCAUUGGAUUAUCCAUCCUGAGCUGCACUGCCAGUGAACACCUGAAUUCACAUUUUAUAUAGGUCAAAUAUAGGGCUUUUCCUGACUCCAAAUACAUUUUGAUGCAAACCAGAUUUAGCUGUCAAUCAACAAAAGAUUAAUGUUUUUUCUAUAGACUUCCAAUAUCCAGAUUGUACUGCCCUUUCUGCACGUUCCAACGUACAGGAUUUGACAGCCAGAUAACACUCAAACAAAAGUCCUCCAAUAAAAACACAAGGCUUGUCUUUUCUUGAUUUUACUUGAGUUCCUUUCGUUCUGUUUUUUGUAAAACUGCAAUAUUACAAAGAGAAUAACAAUAUUUCAGUACAGAUAACAAGUAUACAUUUACUUGUGAUAAGCAUUGCUAUCUAAAUUCAAGCAAGCACAGAAAUGCAUAAAAAUGCUAAUUCAACACAAAGCUACAUGCUAUCAUAAACAUGAGGAAAAGAGUUAGCUACUACAUUUAGCAUUAGCUAAUAAGAGCACAUGUAAAACAAAAACAACUUAAAAGUUUCUGACCUUAAAAACCUGCAAACUGUGUCACUGAACAGGAUGACGGAUUUGAGUCAUUGGAGGUCAGGUUAAAAGAAAAGAGGUUUAGUGUGAGCUUGUCUUCCAGACUCACCUGCCAAAGACUGUAGAAGAAACACAGAUUGUAAACAGGAAACUGCUUUAUUCAGUGUUUUUUUCCUCUUUUGAUUCACUGGUUAAAAAGUACAUUAUGAACACUGGAGGAUAUUCUGAGAUUUGCUUUGUAAAGUUUAAAGUCUGUCCUGCAUUUGACUUAAUAUUUUGACCUCCAAGUGUUAGUAUUUUAAAGUAAUUAAAUGACUUUAUAAACUAUUUUUUUUAUUUUUUCUCUUCCUCUUUCUGUAUUAUAUUUAUGGAAUAGAAAACAUUAGAUGAAUACGAGCUCUGAAACCGGAGUUUUAAAGGGUUGUUGAGGUCAUCCUGCGCCCUAUAUCUGCACAUUUUGUUGUAAUACUGACUAAUAUGUGCUGACAUUUAAGAAGUGUUAGCUUUUUGAAACCAAUAACAACAGUUACAUGGCUCUUUUAAUAGCCAAUAGCAUACAUUGAUAAAAAUGGGAAUUGCACUGACUGGGUAGUGUGUUGUGUUAUGGUGUGACACUAAUAUUGUGUUUAACAGAACUUACCAUUUAAAAAAUGCCGGUCCACAAAAACACAAAAAAAUGUCACCAUUUGAAGCAGCUGUUUACAAACAACACCAAUGUUCGGAUGUAAAUUAACACUUUUUUUCUUAAAUAGAGUUUGUUGGCUCUAAAGAGAGUUCAGUUAAAGUUGUUUCUGGUUUAAAAAACAAAAAGGUCAAGCUAUAUGCAGGGAUCCUUUCUGUUAUGUUCAUAUAAACUUUUAAUAAAAGUCUAACCUUG